AGUGCAUCAAGGAAGAGGAAAUCAUCAUCAAUUCAUCAGCGUAUAAAACGAGUGUAAUUGAAAAUGAGGAAAAAAAAGAGCAACGUAUAAGAAGUUUCUAACCCCAAAACCCUCCAAAUUCCGUUCCGUAAAAUUUGCGCUUACCCUCCUUUUGCAAUUACCAGGGUUCCAUCUCUCUGCAUAUUCAAGUUACUUUUCGAGGAAAGAAAAUUGAAAGAUUUUUUUGACGAUUCCAAAAAAUUGAAGAUUUUGCAGGAUGAUUCUACAAGAAGAAUGUGAGGGUAAUGUAAAGCAAUUGUUAGCACAAGUGUUUAAAAAGUCGCUCGAAGCAACUGUUCCGAAUGAGGCUGAUUUACAUCCGCUAAUUGCCAUUUGUAACGAAAACUUUGGUGACUAUCAAUGCAACAAUGCUAUGAGUUUGUUCGGCAAGAUUAGGGGAACAAUGCCUGAAUUCAGGAACCCAAGAUCAGUUGGUGAGGCUAUUAUGAAAAAUUUGCCGGAAUCGGAAAUGAUAGAGAGCUGUUCUGUUGCUGGACCAGGAUUUGUGAAUGUUGUCUUGUCAAGGACAUGGAUAGCUAAGAGCUUAAAUAAGAUGCUUAUGGAAGGCAUCCACACAUGGGCUCCGAAAUUGUCAAUUAAGCGGGCAGUAGUAGACUUUUCUUCACCUAAUAUUGCAAAGGAGAUGCAUGUUGGCCACUUGAGAUCAACCAUUAUUGGGGAUACCCUCGCAAAGAUACUUGAGUUUUCUGGUGUUGAAGUGCUUCGAAGAAAUCAUGUUGGUGACUGGGGUACACAGUUCGGCAUGCUGAUUGAGUUCCUGUUUGAGCAAGCGCCACAAGCGGAGGAUGACAAUGAGAUUCCUAUUGAGGAUCUUCAGGCCUUCUACAAACAGUCCAAAAAGAGAUUUGACGAUGAUUCCAUCUUCAAGGAAAGGGCACAAAAGGCGGUGGUGAGCCUUCAGGGUGGAGAUCCUAAGUAUCGGAAGGCAUGGGCUCAAAUAUGUGAAAUUAGUCGUAGGGAAUUUCAGAAAGUUUAUGAAUGUCUUGGAGUUCACAUAGAGGAAAAGGGUGAAAGUUACUAUAAUCCUUAUAUUCCAAGCGUUUUGGAGGGUUUGAGGAAUGAAGGUCUGAUUGAAGAAAGCGAAGGAGCUCAAGUUAUACACAUUGAAGGAAAAAAGAUACCUCUUAUUGUUGUGAAGAGAGAUGGAGGUUUUAACUAUGCUUCCACUGAUUUAACUGCUCUUUGGUACCGCAUCAAUGAAGAAAAAGCAGAAUGGAUUAUAUAUGUAACUGAUGUUGGUCAGCGUGAGCACUUUGAAAUGGUCUUCCAUGCAGCUAAGCGAGCAGGGUGGCUUCCACUGGAUGAUAAUACAUACCCUAAAGUUACUCACGUGGGUUUCGGUCUUGUAUUGGGAGAAGAUGGCAAGCGUUUUCGUACUCGAAGCUCUGAAGUAGUGCGUCUGGUCGAUUUACUUGAUGAAGCGAAAGCUCGGAGCAAACAAGCACUUAUUGAGCGAGGUAAAGCUGCGGAGUGGACUGAGGAGGAAUUGGAGCAGACUGCUGAAGCAGUGGGAUAUGGGGCUGUAAAAUAUUUUGAUUUGAUGGACCAUCGACUCACCAACUACACCUUUAACUUCGAUCAGAUGCUUAAUGAUAAGGGAAAGACUGCUGUUUCUUUACUCUAUGCACAUGCUCGAAUUUGUUCGAUUAUCAGGAAAUCUGGUAAAGACAUUGAAGAAUUGAAGAAGGGUGGAGAGAUAGUUUUGGAUCACGCAUAUGAGCGUGCAUUGGGGCUUCAUUUGCUUCAGUUUUCUGAGAUUGUUGAGGAGGCAUGUAGCAAUCUGUUGCCUAAUGUAUUAUGCAAGUACUUGUACGAUUUAUCAGAUGAUUUCACAAAUUUCUAUAACCAAUGCAAGGUGAAUGGCUCAACAGAAGAAACCAGCAGACUCUUGUUAUGUGAAGCUACAGCAGUGGUAAUGCGGAAGUGUUUUGAACUUCUUGGCAUCACCCCUGUGUACAGGAUAUAGCUUUCAUUCGCUCUUGGACCGAAGUGUUAUUGCUGUCCCACGACUCAAUAGUUGGGACGUUGCGAGGAUGUGUUUCCCGCAUAUUCUUCCCCUUAUGGAAUGACUGAUCCUAAAAUACUCCCUUUGUCCCAAAAUAUAGUUCUUGUUUCUAUUUUGGGAGUCAAACUUUGAAAACUUUGACCAAAUAUUCUUACUAAUGUAUAAAAAAAAUAUAUUCAUGA